AUGAACGAUGUUGUGAUUGGAGAACGAUGCGGAGUCAACAUUUCCCGCGCUGACACGCUCUCCGCUUUCAACCACCUCGGCUGCAUGAAGCUCCAAUGGCUAAGGACGCGACUUCGGGCGCAAAUCACAAGCCGGUCUUUCUCUACACAAUACCCUCUUCCCAGUCUCGGAAAUGACCUCGCAACCUUCCAGAAGCAAUGCUUCCAACCAGAACAACCAGCAAUCCUCCCAGGGGCCUUCAACGACCUCCCAGCCAUGAAACACUGGUUUACGCCCGGCCUUAACACAGACUAUCUACGCAAACACGGCGGAGAUGCCUUUGUGCCUCUGGAACUCACCCAAUCCACCCCAGAGGGACCCAGCUUCCGGUCAUUCCACGCGCCUCUCAGUUUAUUCCUCGACUGGAUGGAAUCACCCACCCCAUCCACACUCUACCUAGCCCAAUGCCAACUCCUAGACCUACCCCCUCUUCUGCGCACCGAUUUCCCGACCCCAACCCUCGUCUCGCAGGCUGGACGGGGCGAUAUCUACGACACGAAUGUCUGGAUCGGUCAUCCGCCCACAUACACGCCUCUCCACCGGGAUCCGAACCCGAAUCUCUUUGUGCAGCUUGCCGGGGAGAAGGUGGUUCGACUGCUUGCGCCGGAUGAAGGACAUGCUGUGUUUGCGGGCGUGAGGGCGCGGUUGGGGAAGAGUGGGGAUCGGGGAGCGGCGGCUUUCCGGGGGGAGGAAAUGAUGCAGGGGGGUGAGAGGGCUUUGUUGGAUGAAGUGGUUUGGGGGACUGAUGGAUUGGAGGCGAGACUUGGGGCUGGAGAUGGACUUUUUAUUCCUAAGGGGUGGUGGCAUAGUAUUAAGGGUGUUGGAGAGGGUGUGACUGGUUCGGUGAGUUUUGUUUCCUUCUUCAGUAUUGAGUGGACAGCUAAUGGUUGUAGGUGA